CCGCCCCUUUAGAUGCCAGCCUGUUGAUCUCAUUCAGCCCGCCAAUCAUGUAUUGCCAGCCUCAUGCGGGGAUUCUGAUUGGUACUUGGUCACAGGCCCCUCUCUUACCUCCACCCUGGGGCCCGCACCUAGCGAGCGGCCACCACGGCUUGGCCUGCCGAACCCGGGAGUGCCAGUUGGACAAGUACACGCCCACGCUGGACAGCCCCUACCUGCGACAUUCCAACUUUUUCCCGUCCUUCCCGCCCGCCAUCCCAGGACUGCCCUCCCUGCUCCCACACCCAGGCCCCUUCGGGUCCCUGCAGGGCGCUUUUCAGCCCAAGACUUCAAACCCAAUCGAGGUAACGGGCCGGACCAGCGCUGUCCACACCCUGCUGCCGAAGGGCCCCGGGGUGUCCGAGCCGUACCGGACAGCAGUCAGGAAGCCGGGGAAGUGGUGCGCGGUGCACGUGCAGAUCGCGUGGCAGACCUACCGCCACCAGCAGAGGCUGAAGGUGAGCCGCCCCCCCACAAGCUGGAGGUGCUCAGCAGGCCCCCCGCCCCGGGCCUGCUCCCCGGAGUCCACUCCCCACAUGACCGGGCCCAGCCCCUCUUCUCCAGCUCAGGUGCUGCCCAUCCCGCCGCCAGCCAUUUCGGCCCCUCAGCCCAUCCCGGCAGCUUCCUGCCCACAGGUCACCUGGCAGACCCUUUCAGCAGGACAAGCACCUUCGGGGGCCUGGGGAGCCUGGGCAGCGCCGCCUUCGGAGGCCUGGGCAGCCACGCACUGACUGCAGGCAGCAGCCUCUUUGCCCCCAAGGAGGGCUCCACACUGCACGGCCUGCCCAGCCCCCAGGAGGCCUGGAGCCGGCUGCACCGGGCG